CGCCCUGAGGUGGGGAGCUGAGCUGUGCGGCUCUCGGUCCAACCACACCCGUGAGAGGCGUGAAUGGGCGAAGGGCAAAUCUCUACCGGUUUCUGAGUUAGAAACAGUAAGACAGAGGAUGAGAUGCAGCGAAGGGAGAGCCCGUCCAGACACAGGGCAGCAGGGCCCGCUCCUCAAGGCCCCGGACCGCCCGCCCGCGGACCGAGCGCGUGGCCGGUCCUGGGUGAGCGGGAAAGCGAGACACGAAGGAGGCAGGGGCGCGGCAGCCUCGCGGCAGGCAGGGCGCGGCACCUUUGGGGCUUGUGGUCGAUGCCGGUGUGGCGAACUGUCGGUGGCCGUUCCUGUUCCUCCCCAGGCGGCACCUUCCGCGCCCCUGCCCCGGGGCGGCAGCCAGAGCUCGAGCAAGCCCUCGCGGGCCUGGCGGCCGCACUUUCCCAAACACAAGAGCCACCAACCGGGGCCAGUAGACAGGCCUCUGGUCAGCCGGCUGAGCCGCCUCUCUCCGCCUGUCAUCAAGACCCUCAGCUGGCGAGUGACGCGCCCCCACAGCCCCGGCCUCCGCCCUCCCAGGGGAAGCACCACAGCACCAGCCCCCUACAGCACCCAGGACCUGGACAGCAAUCCCGGGGUGACGUCAAAGGAGGAGACCCCCAGCACCCAGGCCUCGCGCAGAGGCACAGAGCCUUUCCUGAGCUCCAGAGGAAGACACGGCAGGUGGAAGACAGUUUGGAUGCGCUGAACGAGGAGUUCUUCCAGCUCACUGCUCAAGCCUUAGCGCUCCAGAAAGAGGAGGACAAGCCAGGCCAACUGCUGCCCGUGGAGGACAGGCAGGACCUGGCAGAGGCAGGAGAGAGCCUGGGGCCCUGGGCCCUGAGGAGCGACCAGGCCCUAGCACUGGAGGCCAGGAGAGCCUGCCUGGCUCGGAGGGCAGACGACCUGGAGUGGGAGCUGGCCCUGCUCCUCCAGGUGGCAGCUGGCAGGUGGCCCAGCGUGGCAAGACGCUGAGUCACAGGGACAGGCCAGGCGCCUCUGCUCUCUGCGGACGGAAGGGGUGGGCGUCUGGGGGCCUGCCGGCCGGGAGUGACUGCAGGCCUUAGGGCGGCUCCCAGGGAACACCCAGAUUCCCCUUGAACUGUGCUGAUUCCUGCCUGUGACCCUUUGGGGCAGCCAGCUGGGGAAUAAAGUUACAUAGGUUGAGAAUCAGCCUGUGUUCCCAUCACUGCGUCUGUCCAUCGAGCCCUUGUGGUCUGAGCCAAAUGCCCCCAAAAGCAUCACCUGGGGCCCCUGGCUUCAGGGGGUAACAGGUGCAGCCCAAGCACAGAG